AAUGUUCUUUCCUAUAAACAAACACACAUUCACAUCUCUCUUUUUACACCAACUUCUCAUGAACCUUCCUCAACAAUCAUAACCCCCCACAACAAAAGAAAAAACUCCCCACUCUUUCUUUUUCUUAUACACACCCCCUUCCUCUGCAUGCACCCCCACCAACAACAAUGGGUAAUCUCUGUUCUCUUCUCAAACCAACCCAACAACAAAAAUCACUUUCUUCUUCAUCCAAAAAGCAACAACAGCGUUACUCAGCAGCUUCAACAAGCCGCAGAGAGAAGAAGAAACUCGACGACGCUGUGAUUCGAGAACAAGCAAUAGCAGCUGCUUUGUUGUAUAAACAGCAUCAACAGAAUCAACAAUUUGAUCGAUCAAGUUCGUUACGUUAUCCAAAUGGUGCUUCAAAGAGGAGUAAUAAUGGUAGUAAUGUUUUGCCUCGUAGUUCUAGUUCUAGAGCUAGAUCACUUACUGACCCUCUUCUUCAACCUCAUCAACUUCUUCAUCAGGGUGUAAAGGUCGAUGAUCUUGAGACCAAUCAUUUUGUCCUUGUACAUGGAGGUGGCUUCGGGGCCUGGUGUUGGUACAAGACUAUUGCACUUCUUGAAGAAAGUGGUUUUAAAGUAGCUGCCAUAGAUUUAACUGGUUCUGGAGUUCAUUCAUUUGAUACAAACAACAUUACAAGUCUGUCACAAUACGUUAAGCCUCUUACCAACUUCCUUGAAAAUCUUCCUGAAGGCCAAAAGGUGAUCUUGGUUGGACAUGAUUUCGGUGGGGCUUGUAUAUCCUAUGCAAUGGAGUUGUUUCCGCUUAAGAUUUCCAAGGCUGUCUUUAUUGCUGCAGCAAUGCCAACGAACGGACAAAGUACUCUUGAUAUCAUUUCACAACAGGCAGGAUCAAAUGAUCUCAUGCCACAGGCUCAGAAGUUUUUGUAUGCGAAUGGAAAUGAUCACCCUCCCACCGCUUUUGAUCUAGACAAAUCAUUGUUAAGAGAGUUGUUAUUCAAUCUAAGCCCUACCAAAGAUGUUGCAUUAGCAUCUGUUUCGAUGAGGUCAGUACCAUUCGCACCAGUUUUAGAGAAACUUUCCCUUUCAGACGCGAAAUAUAGAACAGUGAGGCGGUUUUAUAUAAAAACUCUUGAAGACAAUGCCAUACCUACUGCACUGCAAGAAAACAUGAUAAAUGCAAGCCCUCCAGAGAAGGUUUUCCAUUUAAAGGGCGCUGAUCAUUCUCCUUUCUUCUCAAAGCCUCAAGCUCUUCAUAAGUUAUUGGUAGAAAUCUCAACAAUACUUUGAGAAAAAAUUCAUUACCUAAAUUGUUUGUGAAGCUUCAUUCACGCUAAAGCUUCACUAAAAUGAAAUUUUAAUGUAUAGUUCCUUUAUCAUGAAUGAGUAUUGUGUGCAAGUUACAGGUUUCCUUCUUCCCCUUCUUUUUUUGGAGUUCGAAUUAGGAAAACUAGCUUGUAUUGUAUCUUCCACCUAAAUGUAGCACCGACACUUCAAAUUGAAGACGUGUUCAGUGUCCGACACAUGUUAUAUUCUGACAUAAGAGAGACACACGUGGUUGGUUACAUUCAAUUAUUUAUAUUUUUCAAAUUAUUAUCAAUGUCAGCAGAUCAGUAUUAGUGUUGUGUCUGGUGUU